CAUAAGUUAAUGAUGUCGCUGUGGCAGGGUCGGUUGAAGCGGAUGGGGUCAGAGGCGGGCUACAUGUUGACAGCUGGAGCAUAAGGAAACAUCGCAGUCAAGCUGGCAAACGCGUUUAUAUUCAGCGCAAAUCAUGUUUGCGAAAGGUAAAGGGACCGCGGUGCCAUCGGACGGGCAAGCUCGGGAAAAGUUGGCAUUGUACGUCUAUGAAUAUUUGUUACACGUGGGAGCUCAGAAAUCUGCACAGACGUUUUUAUCAGAGAUAAGAUGGGAGAAGAACAUAACCCUUGGUGAACCACCAGGCUUUCUGCACUCUUGGUGGUGUGUGUUUUGGGACCUGUACUGUGCAGCACCUGAGAGAAGGGACACGUGUGAUCACUCCAGUGAAGCUAAGGCCUUCCAUGACUAUAGUGCUGCUGCGGCACCCAGUCCAGUCCUAGGCAACAUGCCUCCCGGUGACAGCAUGCCGGGUGGACCCAUGCCCCCCGGAUUCUUCCAGGGACCACCUGGUUCCCAACCCUCCCCUCACACUCAGCUACCUCUCAACUCUAACAUGAUGGGGGCUCAUGGACAGCCUUUUAUGUCUCCUCGCUAUGCUGGAGGACCUCGGCCACUCCUCAGAAUGGGUAACCCGCCUCCAGGUGGGCAGCCUUUACCUCCAAAUAUGAUAGACCCUACACGACCAACAGGCCAUCCAAAUCUGGCACCUAUGCAGAGAAUGAAUGCUCCUCGAGGAAUGGGCCCUAUGGGACCGGGACCACAGUCUGAUCCUUGGUUAUCAUUACAGAGUUAUGGAGGAGGAAUGAGGCCUCCAAACUCCAUGGGCCCUGGAAUGCCAGGGGUGAACAUGGGAGCAGGAGCAGGCAGAACAUGGCCUAAUCCUAAUAACGGAAACACGAUACCAUAUUCCUCAUCAUCCCCAGGAACAUAUGUGGGUCCUCCAGGAGGAGCAGGAGGUGGUGGAUGCCCUCCAGGAACACCCAUCAUGCCAAGUCCAGCAGACUCCACUAACUCGGGUGAAAACCUCUACACACUGAUAAACUCAGUACCCCCAGGAGGAAACCGAUCUAAUUUUCCUAUGGGUCCUGGGUCAGAUGGCCCAAUGGGAGGACUGGAAUCACAUCACAUGAAUGGCUCACUGGGUUCGGGUGACAUAGAUGGACUCCCAAAGAACUCUCCUAAUAAUCUAAGCAGCAUGAGUAACCCACCAGGAACGCCACGAGAUGACAGUGAACUAGGUGGAAGUUUCCUGCACUCUUUCCAAAAUGAAAAUUACUCACCGACAAUGACAAUGAGCAUGUGAAAGAUAAGCCAACCUCACCAAGAACCAGAGUUUAACCUCACACAUCCAUAGGAACCAAAUCCUACCACAGCUCUGGAUGAGGUGGAUGCUUCUCAUCUCAGCACAGAUGAAGGAAGGACCUGUCUGAGAUGAGAGUGGCAUCAUUUUAAACCACUCUAAUAUUUUCAAAUAACUUCAACAUAGAAGCCCACACACACCAAGACAACAUCAAUUUGCUUCUUUUUGUUAAGUGGAUCUCAAAAUUUUAGGACCAUGACAACAUUUACACUGUGGAUAUAGUGCAGAAUACUAUGUACUUCUUCAGAGAGGAUGUGCAGCAUGUGUGUAACAUUCCAUUAGAGUAUUUUAGGAUCUAAUCUCUCAUAUUUUAGAAAGCCUCAAAACAAGUUUGUCACACUGUAAUGGAUUUCUUGAAAAUUGCUUAAUCCCGAGGAACACCUUUGGCUACAGUGGAUUUGAUAUGCACCAAUGCGAAGGACACAAAAAUUCUAUCAUUCUGCUAUCAUUUCCUUCAUCGCAUAAUAGGAUAAUACAAUGGACUGUUAGCAAAAUUAAAAUUACUACUCCUGUUCAAUGUCAUGAUAUUUUAUAACAAUGGAUUUUACUGCUGAAGCCUUUUAAUGUGCCUAAUGUGGGACAUUUUUCCAAUUUUCCAUGGGACAUUCACAAGAUGACAUGAAAUUAAGUGUUUUUGGGUGUUUGGUCAAACUCAACACUUCAUCAUGCAACACUGCAUCUUUUCUCACUGGCUUCGUUUUCAUUUUCCUUUGUGCUGUUGUAUGGUGUUUUUGACCCAUUGCUGUUUGCCUUAAGUCACAGUUAAAAAUGUGACCCAAACACCCAAAAGGCAGUUAUUUAACUAAACUUAGCCAAGAAAACAUGCCCUCUCACAUUCAACUUUUAUUUCCUUCAAAUUUUCUGAGAUGUGUAAAUAUUUGUAUUAACAUAAAUUCAACAGCUGAGACAAACUGAACAAGUUUCACAGACGUGGUGAACAGAAAUGGAAUACUGAGUCCCUGAAUAAAGGGGGUGUCUUUAUCAAAAGUAAAAAUUCUUGUGUGACCACCACACUAAGGUGUUUGCAAGUUCCUGAGCUUCUGGGGGAGACGUGGUUAGCCACUGUGAGGAUGAUAAGCUGUCCUUCCUAUCUCCCUGUUCAAUGAACAAGCUUAAAAAAAUCAUUGUUUAAACAUUUUCCAAAAAAAUAUAGUCUUUAAAAUAUAGUAUGCUGAAAAAGGGGUGAUUCAUGUUUUGCUGAGUUUAUAUAUUUUUUUAAAACUUUCUCUUCCCUAGUCUGUCUUAAUAUUGUACCGCCUUACUUGACCUGUUACAUCAUGUUGUUUAGCCUUUGCUGUAUGUAUUAUGUUCCUUGUAAUACACAGUGAAAUGACUUGUGUAAUUUUUAUGAUUAAAUUAUUUUUUUGUUCAGACAACUA